AGCGUGCAAGACCUGUGCGCACUGGAGACGGAACCAGGGUGCAGACAUGGGUGCAGGGAAGCCUCCUGGCAGACGAGCCCCGCUGGGAAAGGUGCAGAAGGCGGCUCCGCAGGGAACCCCCUCCUCCCUCCUGACGAGGAUCACGGGCUCACUGAGCUGGACGACACCGCAGGGAGCAGCACACACCUGGCACCGUCUUCCUCCAGCGCGGCUGCGACCCGGAGCUACACCGUCUCUUUCCCCGAAUUUUUUGAGUAUCUGUUCGGGGAGGAUGAAGGUGGAGUCGGCGUUUCGGACUCGGAGGACGCAGUCGUGUCCUUUGCCGACGAGGAUGCGAGCAGCCUGUCGGUUCCCGAGAUGUACGACUACUUCUUUUCCGAGUUCGAGACAGAGGGUCUUUUCCUCCCCGCGGUCUGGCGCUCGAGAGAAAACGUCGCCUGCUCACGCCCUCCCGACGAGGACCUCCUGCUGCCGGAGACGUCCGAUUGCCUGUUCCCCGAGGACGAGCCGCGGGCGGUGGGGGAUGAAGAAAGCUGCGGACCUGUCCGUGUGGUGACUCGUUUAAAGGACAGCGCGGCCGGUCCCCUCGCUGUGUCGGGACCGGAUGCUUAUGAGCAUUUUUUCGCUGGCAGCGAGUGGGAGAGAAAUUCGCCGUGGCGAAAUUUCACGUCUCUCAGAAGGAGGUGUUUCACGAGAGGCAGUGAAAACGCCAGGGGAGAUUCCAGCUCCUCGUUGCUGCCGAAGAAGUACGGGAAGGUCUUCCAGAGGGAAGUCCCCCGAGGGUACACAGAGAGGAGAAGCGGCAACAGUCCUUCGGUAAUCCAUUUCCUUAAGGACCAGAUCCUGAGACACCUGGAGGAGCAGAGGAGCAGAUCCACUGAUCCCAGCUCGGCAGUCGCUGUACCAAGGAACGAGGGAUUUCUCCUGUCCCUCAGCCAGUCAGACAUGUGCCUGGUGUGCAUCGCCUUUGCUUCCUGGGUGCUGAAGUCAGCUAAUCCACACGCAGCAGACGGAUGGAAAUCAGCUUUACUGGCAAACAUCAGCGCCAUCUCGGCUAUUCGAUACUUGAGAAGAUCCGUCAAGGAGGAGAAGCCUGCUGGUCUGCAGUGAGGAGAAACUCUCCAUGGAAAAGCAGUGGGAAGCAGGGAGAAGGGAAGCUUGCAGGAUAUUUCAGACAGUGCUCUUGGUUUAGCAGGUAUUCAUACCAUAAAGACCAGCAGUAUAUAAGCAUUGUUUUAAUGUACUAUAAAUACUGUAUACACUAUAUGGAUUUGGAGAUGUAUUUUUUCUUACCCUGUAUCUAAAAUGAUAACCUCAGCAGAGUUUCCUCAAUAGGAGGAAUGAGUGUUGUAAUAAAAUCUUAAGAGGUUGUAUCGCUGACAGACAGGGAAAAUUCAGAUUCUUUCCACUUAAUAAAUUAGAGCAUGAUCUUCUUUCUGAUACAGGAUACCAGCACGUAUGUCUGCAGCUGUGUAGGUGUACAGGUAGCGGUAAGGUGGGAAUCGUGUGGAUUAUGUGGAGGUUUUGGAGACGCUAGAGGAGUCCGGGGCUGGUCCUGCAGGGCCUGCUUGUCUGUCUUGAUAAAGCAGCAGCACACAGAGAGCUGGGAAUUCCCUGCAGAUCAGCCAGUAACAUGGCGGUUUAGCUCACUGAGUGCUGAGGUGGACAGAGAGCUUCCAGGACCGCAAUUAGACCAAUGUGAGAAAUUGGAUGAGUGGGGGUGUUCUAGCUGUUUAGUACCAGGAUGGGAGACCUCCUGGGAAAAACUUAGGCUGUUGCUGUAAGAUGUAUUUGGGGGGCCAGUAGGGGGCACUUACCCUGCAGCCUGUGUGGGUUCUAAUGCCCCAGUAUAGUGACGGGGACACUAUAC